GGGCUGAGCGUGUGUGAUUCGCCGGUUUUCCUUUAAACAAACCAUGUGACUGCCAAACACUCACACAAAAGCCGGUGUUGUCCUCUACACUGCCCCCCUCCCGCCAAUCCGCUGCGGGGCAUGUUACUGCCAGCGCUAUCCAGCAGGUCCCAGGAGAUGCCAAUUUCGUACACGCUGUUUGGCCGUAUUUUUCACCCAUCGAGAGAGGGCAGGGACGAAGGACCAUCUGUAGCGAAAGCAUGAACGCCGUAGGCAGAUGUCUGGCACUGUACCUCUCUGCCCUGGUGCUGGAGGUGCAGGGAACCUACCGGUUUUACGGGUAUCAUCCGGGACGCUACGCCGAUCGACCUGCGGCAAGGUCCAGUUACCUGCAAAACAUCCAGCCCGCGCAAAAUGGCCUCAGUGCAGGGGUACACGGCAAUAAUCACAGGUUGUAUGGCUAUCACUACUAUCACCAACCACCAAGGAUCGCUCCGCCUGUCACGUACCGCUGGCCUCCGGCCCCCGUUGUACCGGCGCCGCCGGUCAAGUACUACCGGCCCGCCGCACCCCCUCCUGCGGCGCCGCCGGUCAUUUACCGUCACCCCAUCGCAUUCCCUCUACCAACGCUGCCGGUCAGGUACCACCGGCCCACCGCGGCCCCUCCGACAACGGAGCCGGUCAGGUACCACCCGUCCACCGCGGCCCCUCCGACAAAGGAGCCGGUCAGGUACCACCCGUCCACCGCGGCCCCUCCGACAACGGAGCCGGUCAGGUACCACCGGUCCACCGCGGCCACUCCUACAACGCAGCCGGUCAGUACCCAAAGUGUCAUCACCACCACCAUCAUUGCUGAUUCAGGAGGAUCUCACUGUAAAAGUCGGCCUUUGGACUUGGUCUUCAUCAUCGACAGCUCCCGGAGUGUGCGCCCUGCUGAAUUUGAGAAAGUCAAGACCUUCAUAAGUGACAUGGUAGAUACGCUGGAGAUAGGCCGAGAUGCCACCCGGGUGGCUGUAGUCAACUAUGCCAGCACGGUCCAGAUCGAGUUCCUUUUGAAGAGCCACUUCAACAAGGCGGACCUGAAGCGGGCCAUGUCCCAGAUCGAGCCACUCUCCACAGGCACCAUGACUGGCCUGGCCAUCAAGACGGCCAUGGAGAAAGUCUUUACUGAAGAGUCGGGCGCCCGGCCUCGCUCCACCAACAUCUCCAAGGUGGCUAUCAUCGUGACGGAUGGGCGGCCGCAAGAUGGGGUGGAGGAGGUGUCCGCUACAGCCCGCGCUGCACAGAUUGAGAUCUAUGCCAUCGGGGUGGAUCGCGCGGACCUGCAGUCCCUGCGGCUCAUGGCCAGUCAGCCCCUAGACGACCACGUCUUCUACGUGGAGACAUACGGUGUCAUCGAGAAGCUCACCUCUAAGUUCCGGGAGACACUUUGUGGUCUAGACUCCUGUACACUUGGACACGACUGCGAGCAAAUUUGUGUCAACAGCAACACCUCCUAUUACUGCAGGUGUCACGAAGGGUACACCCUGAAUGAGGACAGGAGAACCUGUUUGCGUGUGGAUGGCUGCGCUCCCGGACAAGACUGCGAGCCGGUUUGCACGGAGCGCGAAGGCUUGCAGGUCUGCUCGUGUCCAGUGGGGUAUGUCUUAAACGAGGACAGGAGGACAUGUUCACGUCUGGACGGAUGUGCCCUCGGACACGACUGCGAGCACAUUUGCAUCGACAGCCGCGGCUCACAACGCUGCAGGUGUCGGAAUGGGUAUUUCCUGAAUGAAGACAAGAAAACGUGUUCGCAGGAAGCCAGGGCAACAGUGUUGCAAGACCCAUGCAAGUGUGAGGCACAGGUGGCCUUCCAGCGGAAGAUGCAGACAGUGCUGCAGGACCUCAACAGCAAGCUGGAUGAGGUAACGAGGAAGCUUCAGCGGUUGGAGGCUGUGCCACGUCGUUUCUGAUGAAGCAGCCUAUCACGUGAUGCCCCGCCUCUCCGGCUGGGUACACCUAUCCAAUCCGCCGAUGCUUAUGCACUCAUCGCCCUGAUCAGCCGGACCCCUCUUUGUCAGUCUCUAGGAGAGAGCCUCCAUUCACCCUGGCAUUUUCAUGCUUAUACCAUUUAAUGAAUUUUGGUUGAAGAAACGUUUUUUUGUGCUUUGUUGUAUAAGUUAUAUUUGCCCUUUUUUAAGUAAAUGUUGCGCUGUUAAAAUGCUUAAUGUUAUUUAAAGGAGAUUGAAGUUAGCUGUGUAUACAUGGAUAUAAUGCUACAUUUUAUUUUGGGUACAGAUAAAAAUGUACAUGUGACACUUAAAUCACUCAUAUCCCAGUUUAUUCUUUUAACUAAGGAUGCGAUUCUGUGCGUAUGCCAGCACCUGGCACUGAGUGACACUUAUGCUACAGUUACAGUGUAUGUAUAUGUGCAUAUGCCUCAAAUAAACUGU